CAGUCAGAGACUCAGUGGCGCGGAGCGUCGAUUGUAAGUGGAGAGCAGCAGCGGAGCAACCAUGGUGAAGAUUUUCAUCGGGAACCUGUCUCAACACACCGAGAAGGAUGAAGUGGAAGCUCUGUUUGCAAACUAUGGCACAGUCACCGAAUGUGCCAAGUACAAAAACUACGCUUUCGUCCACAUGGAAGACAGAAAGGCCGCCACUAAAGCUAUCCGGGAGCUCCAUCUGCACAAGCUGGGCGGCAGGCCCAUCAAUGUGGAGCCCAGCAGAGGGAAGAACCAGGGCCCAGUGAAGCUCCAUGUGGCCAAUGUAGAGAAGGGCUUCAGUGAUGAGCUGAGAGCGCUGUUUGAGGAGUACGGCUCAGUCACCGAGUGCUCCAUCGUCAAGGACUUUGCUUUCGUGCACAUGGACAACUCUGAUGAGGCCAUGGAUGCCAUGAAGGGUCUUGACAACACAGAGUUUCAAGGUAAGCGCAUACACGUUCAGAUAUCAAAAAGCAGGAGAGCGGUACACAAGGAGGAUGAGUAUCCCCCUCCGCCAAGCAGAGGCGGCUAUUAUCCUCCCCGCUACCCAGGGGAGAUGCCCGAGCCUCCCUACAGAGGUCGCAUGUCCGCUUACCCGCCUCCGCCACCGCCGCCGCCCCCUCCUCCCCCGAGACGACCAAUGUAUGCCGAACGUGGCUACGGCGAGCGAGACGGCUACGGGGUGGUCGAUUACUAUGAGAAAUACCGAGCUCGUCCUUACAGCAUGCCGGGCUACGAUGACAGGCGUUCCAGUGCCAUCCCCCCUCCUCCGCCUCCUCCUUCGGCGUUGGUUAGAGAGCGUCUCGGGAUGGGUUCCAUCGAUCCAUACGAGCGGCGGCAGCUCCCCCCUCCUCCUGUGUCCUACAUGACCAGGGACCGGAGCCCCAUCAGACGAGCCCCGCUCCCCCCUGCUCCGUCAGCUGGUAACGGCUACGCCUACGAGCGCUCCCGGCUCUCCCCGCUGUCCAGGUCUCAGAUGUACGCGGCCCCUCGCCCCAGGGACUCGUUCUCGGACAGAUUGCAGCCGCUGCCGCCGCCGCCUCGCUAUGCAGGCUAUUAGGCACACAAGAGUAUAAUACAAGGUUUAGAAUAUGACAAGAUCGUCGUCGUCUGCUGAUGUAUACAUCCCUCUCGUCUAUGGCGGAUUGCGUUGCGUUCGCCUGAGACUUACUGGAAGAUACUGUAUUGCGGACAGACCCCCCCUCGUACUUAAAAAAACAAACAAACAUACGAUUCCAUGUCUACAGUUCACAUAUUCUCCUGAGCUGUUUUUUUGUUUUGUUUUUUUGUUCUGUUCCUCUUGCUUGUUUUUACUGUUCAAAUCCUUCAAUUGUUUGAGAGAAUAGGAUGCUGGCAUAGGGGCUAAGUCUAUUUCAGUGUGACUUAGUACUGAUAAUGGCCAAAAACUACACGGUUUGCUAUUCAAUCUUUCUAAAAAUGGAUAUGGCCUCUGGGGAAACUGUGACAAAAUUUCAUGACAAGGGAAGUCAAUUAAAUGAAAAUCUAUGAAGUCUCUGUAAACAAAAAUUAUUGUAGAUUUUGUUCAAUCUAAAGGUGUUGGUUUAUCACAAAAUGCUCAUCAAAAUAAGUAAAUAAAAUUCAACGUAUAAAGUGCUUUAAUAUCAUACUCUGAUGUGGCAGGUUGUACAUUAAUCUCUUAAAUUGUCGGAUGCAUGUAAAGCAUGACAAAUCAAAAAGUUCCUCUCUGGUUUUUGUUCUUUUUCACUUUGUGUUAAGUUUUUUUCUAGCGUGAACAGAAUCUAUUAGCUACGUUUAUGUAUGAUUUUAUUUACUUUACAAAGUUGCUUUUCAUUUGAAGGCUUUUUAAUAAACACAUGAAACCCAAAAAAACGACGUCCUAACUGUCAAAUUCUUCCUUGCUGAGUAGGCCUUUUGGUCAGCCACUAUUCACCAGAGCAGAUAUCUGGAGGAUUACGUAGGCGUUUUCACUCUGUAACACGCUUUCAGUUUCAUUCUUCACACCCUUGACAAUCCUCAGCUUGACACAUGGUAGGUAAUGUAUUUUCAGCCCCGUUCACUUCCAGUGAAAGUGCUGAAAACGUAAGCUCUUUGUUUGCGAAUGAACAGUCUUUCUAUUUCAAAUCUUAUGUUGACGCGUUUUCACCUGAGCAACCAGGCUUGUGAAGGGGGAAAAAUUAAAUUUGUGAGUCAUUACCAAUAUAAAAAGCAAACCUGAACAUGAACGAAAAAUAGAUUUAGACAUCUCCUUUUAGACUUUUUUUUUUUAAGUUGCUACAUCAAAUCUGUAACUGUCCACAAACCCAGAAUGACAAAACACUUGGAAACCAAAUUCCCACUUCCUUUUAUUCUUCUGUAGCUCCACAAUGUUGUUAAAUCGGCAUCCGUCGGCUGCUACAUGUCCCCUGUCACACAGGGAGCCUCAUCUUUCCCCACUCUCCCUCGUCUAUUGCCUACCUUGUGUCGAGCCUAUGAAUUAUUUUCCUACAAGAAUCAACAAUAACAGUAACGAUAAUGAACUGAGCUUUGCGAUGGGCCAUGUUUCUGUCGUCUUGCCACAAAUGUUCUAAAACUCUUCAUCUCUCUGUCAUUGAGUUCACACAAACGAUUCACACCUUUUCCAUUAUUUUUCCAUAACUUUCAACAUGGCCUUUUAUAUGUGCCACAGAUUGCAUGCAGUCUUGGAAUUCUUAGUAUUUGUGCUCUUUGUAGGUUGUUAGACUCUAUAGAGGAUGCAGCAGCUCUUGGUAAGUGAUCCAUGGAAGAUGUCUCCGCCUCCUGAGGAAAAGCGGUAGGUAUUCAAACUGCAAAACACCCCUCACUAAUGCAGCACAUUAACUCAUGCAUCCACUUUGUGUUCUUGGAUACUUCUUACCCUUUUUAAAUGUGGUCUUAAACAUUUGAAAAUAUGUAAUUUAAAUAAGGCUUUGUGGAGAGUGGGUUUGCUGACCUUGUCUUUUUUUACAGCUUGUAAACAGGCCUGCUCAUAAAGUGAAUUGAGAACACAAACGAGGGGGAUCAGGUGGUCGUGCAGUUAAAGGAAGUGGAUUCUGUGUUUCCAUGAAGGUUGGUUGGUGAGCUCGAUUGAAUGUAAAGUCCUAAGAAAAUCUCUAUUUACUUUUUUUUUUUCUCUCCAUCAGCUGAUGACACCAAAAUAAUGGAUUAGGUGAGAGGAAAAGACCUCAGAACAAUUACUACAGAUUUAUAAUUAAAAAUCUAAUUGAAUCAAAUCAUCUUAAACAUGCCAAAUACACUUUUAAAAAGCUUAAAUAAAUAUUGGAAGUUGAGAUGUGGCUAAAACAUGAAACUGUGACAUAGCCUGAAAUUGUACUUUUUAAUUUCUUGUAAUAUUUCACACACAUCAACAAACCUCUUGUAUUUCUAUGAUCUUUCUACACCUUUCUAUAUAUCUUGACUAUUUAUUAACCUCAAACCUCCAAAUAUACUGGUUACUGUAUAUUGGCAGUUGCACACUGAUAUUUGUAGCAAUUGAAUUUUUAAUAAAUUGAGUUUUUAUAAA